UUAAUGAAGCACGAUGUAAAAUUAUGGUCCAGGGAAUCCAGAAGAAUAUCUGUUAUAAUCUAAAUUGAGGUUUGUUUUAUUUCUGCUCGUUUUUUGCUAAUAUUUCCUUUUACAUCCACAGUGAAACUAACUCUUUUAAAGCUUUUCAGUCUUAAUCUAUAUACUGAUAAUAGUCAUAUGUUAAUUUGUCAAACAUUCCAGUCAUUGAGACGGCGUCACAAAACGGCAUUCUAAUAUGCAUUUACAACACAUUGUAUUUGUUCACCAGAAUCAUGUAAUGUAAUUUCUUCAUGACCAAAUCUAUACAAAUGACAGAAGCUGGUCCGUCGAAAGACGAAAAACGAAUGUCAUUGGAGGAUGUAAAGAAAAGUAACAAAAAUCUUAUAGUCAUCCAAAAUAAAGUAUACGACGUGACCGAAUUCAUGGAGGUACAUCCAGGCGGUAAACAAAUCCUGAUGGAACAAUGCGGUAAAGACGUCACUAAAAUGUUCAAUUCUGUUGGCCACUCGAAGGAGGCACUAAAACUGUUGGAGACUUUGCUAAUUGGCAUUAUUGUUAGAUAAAAACUGUAACUGAUCCUAGUUUUUAAAAUAAUAAUAAUCCAGUGAAAACUUACAAAGGAGUGUUUUAUUGUUGAAGAGGAGACAAAUUAUUUGAAGCAAAAUAAUUGAUCAAGUGAAACAGCACCUACAAGUCUGUACUAAUAGAGUUUGUUCACAUCCAGCAUCACACACGAAAACAGUUCUCACACAUUUCAUCUACUCGUACCGUUAGAAUUUUUUCCGUAACCGGCCACUCAAUUUAAAUACACAACACCUGAAAAAUCGAAUCGGAACGCAACAAUACACGAAAAAGGAGCCGAUUUAAUUGGACGUGUUCCAGAACGGAUAAUUAGACGGGAGCAGUGAUUAGGCAGGUCAACAGGAAGUUUAUUACACGUAUAUGGCACAAUGCCGCAUUCCGAACACUUUUUUUCUGUUUAAUUAUCGACGGUCGUUCUCCUGAAAGAGGAUUUCGGUCCGGUACGAUUUACGGCCAGAGGCGACGCAUUCUUUCCAUGGACCAGAUGGAUUUAUGUACGCGCCAGCAUGCAGUUUGUAAAUCUCUCGAUUGUUUUUAAGGUAUUUCCAUCGAUUUUAAUAAAUUGUUAUUCAUCGGAAUGAGUGGCGGAAACAGUCGGUGCGUUUCUGGGAAAGAAAUGUGUGGGAAUACCAGUAGUACACCAUCGAAUAUCAUUUAUUCAAUGUGCGUGGUGGGCCGUCCACUCGUACAGCCAAGUCAUGCGCGCGGAUUGUUGUUAGCAAGUUUUAUUUUCGAUACGUCGCAUUGAAUUUUAAUCGUUCGCAAACGGAACUGAAUCGCUAAUAAACCCAAAUACAAUGAUCCCACGUAUCGGCGCAACCGAAAAAAACAACGCAGCACGGUCCGUAAUAUAUUCCGAGGCAGUGCUUCGUGGUUUUUUUGCGAGCUGAUCGGAAUAUGGAAAGAUUUGGCACGCCUUUUUUCGUAAUUUCAUCGCCGGAUGUUGCGAAUCAACUCUGAAUAAUCAAUUGCAGGCAACCACUAGUGCACCACGGUGACUUUGUUACAUAACUUAGGUCCACUGUUGUGGCGCCCUCUGUUGUGAUUAUUUAUGUAUUUCAUAGGUGUACAAUCAUCUAAUUAUAAAUAUUAGCAACCCGCGGCGUUUAAUAAUGUAAAACCAGCGCACCCUUUGAUAUUACACCCCUGCAAGUUAACGAGACAUGAUUUAUAAUGAAUACUCGGAACAUCUUGACGGACAGAUGUGAAAAGCCCUUGGUAAUCGCCUGCAAAUUAACACCAAUCGCCACAUAAACAUAUAAUCGUGCACAACAAAACAAAAGGCAGCUGAAAAGUUAAAAAAUACGUGAAGUCUCCGCCUUGAUCCAGGUGUAUGCGGGCGAUACGCGAACAAUUUAAAACAGCGGAGUCAAAAACACACUGGUCAGGGUUGAAGAUGGAGUGCGCGUACGAGUGGAAGAUGGAAAAUAGAGCGUUGAGGGAGAAAAACGGGAAAAAGAACGCGUACAAACACGUGCCGCACAAGGACAAGCCGCCGCAGGUCGUGGCCAAGAGGAACGCGAGAGAAAGAAGACGGGUGCAGGCUGUCAAUGGUGCUUUUGUAAGAUUGAGGAAAGCUAUUCCUAUACAAAAUGUUAGGAAUAAGAGAAUAAGUAAAGUAAAAACUCUUCAAAACGCCAUAGAAUACAUCCACGCCCUUGAAGAACUACUACAAAACAAUUACCAGCCAAACUAUUUCGCAUUCGAAAACAAUUACACCGACUGCAAAUACGACCAUUAUUCUAAUCACCUGUUUAACGACUGCUCCAUUUCCAAGUACUUAGAUUAAGAUCUACUAGUGUUUUUUUUUAUAACAAAUCAGUCUAGUCAGUGAAUUAAUUCAUUACAAUUCUGUGUGUAUUAAUCUAGUCGAAAAACUUGUAUCAUUUUAUAAUUUAACACGUAAAUAAACUCGGGUUUGAAUUC